GGCACAGUGCUUCUAAGAGGGUGGAUCGGGAAAUGAUAACUGAGAUGAACAUUUUAUUUACUGCUCAGCUAGAACCUUCUUGUGAUUUGCGGCUUGUAAGAGUUAACACAUCUUAUCUUUUUGAUUCCAUCGAGCAUCUUUUAUUGUUUUUUUUAUUGAACUCUAUUGAGUGCAGGAAGGGAGGGAGUGAGGUGGAGGCUGUUGCUUGUACAUCUCAAUUUGCGUUAAUCAUUUAUGUUUACAACUCUGACACGACUAUCUCCAGGAGGAACAAGAGCCAAAGGUCUCACCUGAACAUCAGAACAUCGAAACCCUCUGCGAAUGCUGUCCGACAUGAGGGGCAUCACAGGAGUGAUCCUACUGUUGUCCCUUGUCAGCUUAAUAAAAGCUAACAGCAGCCCUACAAUAACUACGUUUGUUUACAACGUGUGUGAAGAUUUUGCGAUAGGUGCCAUUGCAUUUCAAAUCGAAGCAACAGAUGAAGACAAUGACCCGCUGACAUACACACUGUCUGGAUCCAACGCGGCAUACUUUGAAGUUAAUGCAGCCACGGGACAUGUAGCAGUAAAAAUCCCACUUGAUAGAGAGAGUACAAAUGUAAUGGCACUUCAAGUCAUCGUCUCUGACGGUCCCAAUCAGACUCCAGGAGACCUAACCCUAAUCUUAUUGGAUGCCAAUGACAACAGACCCAUAUUUGAUCAGCCGUCUUAUGACAUUUCUAUUCCUGAAACCACUGCUGUAGGUUCAUCUCUGUUCAAGGUUUCAGCCAAUGAUGCAGACACUGGAGCUGCUGGUGUUGUUAGUUACAGCAUCACAAUGGUCACUCCAAGCAAUGGCGUGGGUCUUUUUGAUAUUGUUAGCACGACUGGUGAAGUAAAAUUAAAGGGAAAACUCAACUACAACACCCUGGGUACCUUCUAUCGGCUCCAGAUUACUGCAACUGAUGGUGGAGGCAAAUGUAAUACUGAGGACGUGAUUAUCCUCUCAAGCAAUAUUUUCUCCAUCGUCACGGUUGUGGACAUGCCAGACCUCGACCCGCAGUUUGUUGGGACGCCAUAUUCAGGGGCAGUCUUAGAACACACAGGUGUGGGUCAUUCAGUGUUAGAAGUGAAUGCCUUUGACCCGGACACAGGAGUGGAUGACCCCAUGAUUUAUACCAUUGAAGAAUCCACACCACCAGGCCUGUUUGAAAUCUCUGGCAAUACUGGCGUCAUUUUGGUCAAAGGAGAUAUUGACAGAGAAGUUGUUGGUGAUACAGUGACCCUGACUGUGAAGGCCACUGAAACUAACGACAACAUCCACGGGGUCAAAGCCAGCACAACAACAACUUUUGAUAUCAGCAUUCAGGACAUCAACGACAACAAACCAGACUUCUAUAAGUGUGCAGAGACUUGCGUUGUCACCUCCCAAUUCACAGGGGAGGUGUUGGAACAUUCUCUGGGAUCCAUCUCCUUUGACAUGACAGUCAGAGAUCCUGACAGGAACUCUCGAACUCAGCUAAUUCUGGAGGGACCGGACAAAGAUGUGUUUUCUGUGGAGCCCUCCUUCACCACCGUUGACACAGUCGUCCAGCUUCUCGUCAAGCAAACAGAAAAACUGGAUUUUGAAAAAGUUCAACAAAUAGUUCUUCAGGUGGUUGCCUUCGAUGACGAGGAGACUACUUUCCGGUCCACUGCUACAGUUACGAUAAACAUAAAGGACACCAAUGACAACAGCCCUGUAUUCCCUGAGGAUACGUACAAACUGAGCAUUGCUGAACACUCUGCUGUUGAUACGGUUCUAGAAACCAUAACUGCAACUGAUCCUGACACAAUGGAUCAAGGGAAAAUUACUUACAAACUUCUUCCAGAAAACAUCCGACAAUAUUUUGAUGUGAAGCCCACUACAGGGGAAGUCUACGUUAAGAACUCAGAUCUGCUGGAUCGGGAGCUAAGAUCUCUGUACACAGCCACUCUGCAGGCCUUGGACUCAGAAACGAAGCCUGGGACCACAGUGCUGGAGAUCACUUUGACUGAUAUUAAUGACAAGACUCCGGUGAUGAACCGAGAGUCUUACCUGGAGUUUGUUGAAGAGGGAAAUAAUGUUCAAGUCAAGAUAGAAGCUACAGAUGCAGAUGAACCAGAUACAGUCAACAGCCAAAUUAAGUUCAGCAUCAAGCCCAGCACUUAUAGUCCCUCUUUCACCAUCAACCCAGACACAGGCAUUUUAAUCAACAGUAAAGGUCUGGAUCGGGAGGCACUGGAUCCAGAACUGAACGGGAGAAUCCAACUCACUGUUGUUGCCACAGACCAGGGAGAUCCAAAACUGUUCAGCAGUGUUCCAGUUACCAUCAGCGUAGAGGAUGUCAACGACAAUGUGCCAGCGUUUAAAUCCCCUUCUUAUACUUUCUCUGUAAAAGAAGGACAGAAAGGUGCACUUGUGGGGUCCGUUUACGCCGAGGAUUUGGAUCAAAGUUCCAACUUUAACCGAAUUUCUUUCCGCAUCAUUGAUGGGGGCUUCGGCAGCUUCAUUGUUCAGAGCUCUCUCCAUACCGAGGGCUACAAAGGAGACAUCUCUGUGGACCCAGACAUCGAGCUGGACUACGAGAGCUCCCGCAAAAGUUUCACACUGAAGGUGGAGGCAUUGGAUCUUGGAAAUGAGAAAGACGACGUCCUGGUGGAGGUGAAUGUGGUGGAUGUGAAUGAUGAGAGGCCCGAGUUCGACCAAGUAGCACCCUUGAAUGUGAAGGAGAACACCACCAUCACUGACCCUGUAGGGAAAUUUACAGCACAGGACAAAGAUGGAAACCACUCCUUGGUUUAUGAGCUAGAGUCAGUCAACUGCAGGUGCAGUGGCAUCUGGGAACCCUGCAGCUUUUUUACCCUAAACCCAGCAGGGGAGGUUCUACUCGAUCUAGACUAUGUUUUGGAUUAUGAAGUGUGUGACCUAGCGCUGGUGGAGGCUCAGGUGGUGGACAAAUACACUGAGAAAGGGGAAAACAACAGUGCUAUUCCAGGAAAAAUGGAAAUCAACAUUGAAGACAUCAAUGACAACGCUCCAGAAUUCAUUUACUCAGAUAGUGUUUAUGUUGUGGUGGCCGAAACGGCAAGUACAGGGACAUCUGUUGCACGAGUCACAGCUUCAGACAAAGAUUCUGGAUUAAACAGACAGAUUGACUUUGAAGUCACAGUAGUCCAGUUUGAGAACGACAAAAAUGAGACUGCUGACAGGAAGCUACUGUUUGAGGCUGUCACUACGCAGCAACAGGACACUUUUAUUGGUAUUAUUCAAACUACAGAAAGCCUUGACAUGACUGUCCGAGGGAGAUAUUUGGUAACAGUGAGAGCGACGGAUAAAGGCGGGCUCCACACAGACACUGUCCUGAAAAUUUUCAACAUUGAUGAAACCUUUAAAGUUGAACUGGAGUUUGGAAUUUCAGAAGUGGAGGUUCAGAGCAAGCUCUUUCAAAUCACAAGGGCACUUGAAAGAGCCACAGAUGCACAUGUAAAAAUUGUCGCCAUUAGAUCGGAGAUUGGUUCACAAUCCAGGAAUAUUGAGAAGACGGUUAUAGUGGCUUAUUUUGUUUACUCCAAUGGAGUGCCUCUCAGCACCAGUGAUGUGGAUAAGGGGCUUGCUGAUCCUGAACAUUUUGAAGAACUGAAAGCGCUCGGUCUCAGCAGCAUUACGGAGGUUUCUGAAAAAGAAGAUCCAGGAGACCCUGUGAAAUACGCUCUGCUUGGGAUUCUGGGAGGCCUCAUCAUUGUAAUGAUUGUCCUCACCACUUCGCUUCUGUGCACUCGCAGGAACUACAGGAGGAAGCUGAAGGCCGCUGAAGCCAUGAAAUCCACUGUGAAUUCUGACAACCAGAAAGGAGGGCCGGUGGUUCCUGGAACCAACAAGUACACGAUGGAAGGAGCUAAUCCAGUGCUUAAUCUCCACUACGACACCAUGAUAUCCCUGGACAUAGAUGAGCAGACCUCAGAUGUGGACAAAGUCAGCCUGAACUCUCUGGACAACAGUGACUUUAUUGACAGUGGCUCGGUCACGAUGAAGGAGAAAAAAAGUGAUGAUGAGUCAUCAGAGGACGGUGAAGCUUUUGAUGCGUUAGCCCGGCUGGGCAAGAAUAAAUCAGCCAACAACCCUCAAGUUGGUUUCAUUAACCCGGCAUUUGACACAACAGAUCUGUGAUGGAAAUAAAAGAAUAAUUCCACAAAUGGACAGAAUCAAGAAAACCAAAUCCAAGAUCUUAGUUAUCUUUUGUUGGAUGAAGAUCUCCAUUUCAAUUGGAACUCUGUUUUACUUUUACCGAUGUAUUGUUGAGUGAAAAAUGCAUGAGUCCUGGCUCAUAAGCAACAAAUUAUUGAAACUUGUGCGGAAGCAGACUAAAAUGGAACAUAAAGGUCGAUUUUGUUAUUUUCAUCUUUUAUCUGGGCUUAGAAUUUUUAACUUCACAAACAAGACAACAGAGCAAAGACUAGGUUUGAAAAAUAAACCCACAAGGAUAAAUGAUGACAUUUGUUGUCAAACUCAGGGAUUUAGAUAAAGAUUAACAUUUUAUUUUUCUCAAAAAGUUCUAUUGCUAACAUUUGAACACAAGCAAUUACGUCAAGCAAAAGAAUCACUUUAUUUAAGCAAUUGCGUAAAGCUGUUUGGUUUUCUUUGAAAUAAUCUGUAAAUAGGCUUUGUUAUCCCAUUAAUCAUUUGCAGACACUAAUAAAAUAACCAAAAAAUGAAAAAAAAAAUACAAGAUUGUUUGAUUUGAGUAUGCAAGAUGAAUCAUUGUUUGUGAAAAUCUUAGUUCAUUUACCAGUGUUUGCUCUCAGUUCUGAGCUCCUGCUGCUGAAACGAGACUUUGUUCAGUGUCUUUCUGCCAGCAGCAGAUGGAAAAAGAUGGCUUUACUGUUUACUCACAACCGAGUGAAUGUAUCACGAGUGCAAUCUGUGAAUAAAAUCAGUUUCUCUUCGAA